AUGUCUUCGGAUAAGCAGUGGUCAGCAGAUGAGGACGAAAGCCAAUUAUCUCGACUGAUGAGGAAAUCUAGAGAUUCCCCCUUUGUGCCUGUAGGGAUAGCAGGCUUCAUGACUGUGGUGUCCUAUGGUCUUUACACGCUAAAGUACAGAAGAGAUCAGAAAAUGUCCAUUCAUCUUAUUCACAUGAGAGUUGCUGCCCAAGGAUGUGUUGUAGGAGCUGUGACUCUAGGUGUUCUCUAUUCUAUGUACAAGGAUUACAUUAGACCUCGAUUCUUCAAUGUGCCCAAAAAAUGA